AUGGCAAACAUUUGCCAUAUAUUAAUGCUAUGGCGAUGUCGUACAUCACUGGCACUUAAAACACUGGCGAAUCGAUUGUUAUUUCAAUUAAAAUACUAUAUAUUUUUGGUGAAAAUUUUUAGUGAUAAUGAAUGGCUUAUUAUCGCUUGUUUUCAUAGCUAUUCUGGUGAUUGGGAUUACGGUUCCGGACGUCACCACCGGAUAUAUCAUAAGUAAACGAUCGGACAAUAAUUAUAUCUCUUCUAAUAUGAUGGUGAAAAGGGAUGACAAAGUGGCCGCUCCAGUACCUGAGCCUCCUAUACCCGAUGAUCCCGAGUGGAGAAAAGCUCACAAAUGCGUUGAAAAUACAAUUAAUGGGAAGAAGUUUACGAUUUGUAUGAAAGACGCCUAACCUAUGGAUUCAAUUAUAUCAAUGUUACACAUAUUUACCAAUUUAAGC